AUGGAGGAUACACAACGCCUAGCCGCGCCUGCCUCCACGCCGGAUCUCCCCGCAGACAUCAAAGAAAUCCUGUCUGCAUCCAUAAAACCCUCUACGAGAAACUCAUACUCAAAGAAGUGGGCGUCUUUUUCCACUUUCGCUUCUGCCAACUCCUUCCUCCCGGAACAAUGCUCACCUAAGGACGUCCUCCUCUUUCUCCACUACUUGUAUUCUAAGGGUUUACAGUACUCUUCCAUUAGAGUAUAUCUCGCUGCAUUAUCAGCUCACAGAGGCGAAAUCAAGGGCAGGACCCUGUUCUCCACUCCAGUCAUUAAAUUUUUUUUGAAAGGCCUAAAAAAUCUAAUUCCACCUAUAAAGCCCAUAUAUCCAACUUGGAGCUUGUCUGUAGUCCUCAAUGCCCUCACUACAAAAUCCUUUGAACCACUAGCCACUACAUCGUUACACCUACUUACCUGGAAAGUUGCCUUCCUCAUCGCCAUAGCAUCUGGCCGAAGGUCAAGUGAGCUCUGCGCACUCCAUGUCGAUCCACCGCUCACAGUCUUCCACACCGACAAAGUUGUUCUCCGUCCAGACCUUGCCUUCUUACCUAAAGUGGUUUCAGAAUUCCACAUCAAUCAACCAAUCGUCUUACCAGCCUUCUUUCCCUCUCCCACCACCUCCCUCGAAAAACGAUUGCACUGCCUCGACGUCCAUAGGGUCCUCGCCUUUUAUAAAGACAGGACCCAAGCCUUUCGCACCACUAACAGACUCUUCGUUUGCUAUGGAGAGAGAAGGAAAGCACUGGAGGACACCCUAUCCAAAUUAAAGUUGCAGAAGCACAGAAGCGAGAAACUCUCCCGGCGUGAGGUCCUGGAAAUCAGUUCAGACAGUAUAGCGGAGUGCGCCCCUCAUGCACUGGAAAACUUGCCUUGGCAUUUCCUGAGGAAGGUCUUGGCUUUGAAUGUGACAGCCAGGAGCACAAGCCUUGAACAGGGGCAUUAUGAUGCUCAAAGCAUGACAGGAACGGAGGAAAAAAAGAUGAUGGAUGAAAAAAUUUUCUUUAGUGCUGAGAUGGACGAGAGAGUGUCAGUGAACCCCCUUGACGUCCUUUGUGCAGUUCUGCUUUGUUCAGACAGUUUCCUCCAACAGGAGAUCCUCUUCAAGAUGUCGAUGUGCCAGUUUGCCCUGCCUUUGCUUCUGCCUCCCUUGGAGACUCCCAAAUGUUCCCUGAUGCUUUGGGCCAUGAGAGACAUUGUGAAGAAAUGGAGGCCCCAUUCUCUGGCUGAAAGCAAAGGCUUCGUGGAGGAGAGCCUGGCCUCGAUAUCCAUGCCGACAGUUUCUUUUGUGCGAAUGGGGAGCUCCAACCUCUCCAAGUCCAAACUCCUGAAUGAGUUUCUCAGCCCCGCCCAGCAGCACCACGAUUUCUUCAUACACCAAGACAUGGAGUGCGGGCACCUCCCUCGAGAAAUUGCUGAUGGGCUUGUAGAGGUUGCCUGGUAUUUCCCAGGAGGGCAGAAGAGCUCAGAUCUCUUCCCAGAGCCAGUUGCAAUUGCAAAUCUCCGUGGAGACGUUAAAUCAAACCAGGUACAAUUUAGCUUUUUAACCGAGAUCUCCUUGGCCGUCUUUAUAUUUGCAGAGCAAAUCAGUGAAAGGGAAUAUUCCCUCUUGAAAUCGCUGAAGAAUUCAUCUGCUCAGUUCUACUUUAUCCUGGAAGGUGAUGGUGGAAAAUCCACAACUUUGGCUUUCUUGAAGAAAUUAGCUCCAGUGCUUAGGCUCAACAGUUCACAUAUAUUAGUGAAAGCUGCUAAGACAAAUGCAGCAGAAUUUGUGGAGAAGCUAAGAUCUAGUGUUAGAAGAAUAAUCAACUCUCCUUCCAAGAAGAUGAGUAUGGCUGCGAUGGCUGCUGUGGCCCGUGAGCUUACCAUUCAGGUGGAUGAGGACUGCAGCGUGUGUCAAAAUGCUCUCAAAUGUGCUGUAGAAAUCACAGGAGGCAUUAAAGAUGUAGUAAAUUACAAGAAUGGAACAUUCAAGCUACAAGGUGAUCUUUGGAAGGACCUGGCAAAAGUAGAGAAAGAACUGUGCAGAAUGGAGAGACAAGGAGACAUGCCUGCAGAAAAAUACAGAUCUGAACAGAUAGGCAGACUGUUGGAGCUGCGUAAACAGCAGAAUGAACGUGAACUUACCAUUGGUUUGAUUCACUUCCUUGAUGGCAUAAAACACUUGAAUUCAGCAGAGAAGCAGUUCUUCUUGAAAUGGAUCAAGUUCAGUCUGGAUCAUAUUGCUAGGGGAAAUCUUUCUAACUUACGAGCGGAGUAUAAAGAAAAAUGUAAGACUUCAGGAGAUAAUAGCGAGAAAAUUGCAGAAGUAGACAAGCUGAUAUCAUGCUCUUCUUUGGGAGUUGAGCAUUUCAUUCGUGAGCUGGGGCAGUUUUAUGAGGCUGAGUAUUCAAUGGUUAAAGAUGGCCAAAUAACAAAAAACAGAAGGCAGUUUGACCAUUUCCCAAGCAUUGCAGCUGACCUGAUGCUUGAAGGAUUUCCUCUAGAACUGAUCGAUGGAGAUGCUUCCAAUAUUCCCUUGCAAUGGGUAAUUGAUGUUCUAACUAACCUCCAUAACAAACUAGGUGGUCAAUCCAAAAUGCUGGUGAUAACUGUGCUGGGAGUGCAGAGCACUGGGAAAUCCACCCUUCUCAACACCAUGUUUGGGCUGCAGUUUGCUGUCAGCAGCGGCCGAUGUACACGAGGGGCCUUCAUGACACUCCUUAAGAUGAGAGAAAACAUGGUUCGGGAGCUUGGCUUUGAUUUCAUCUUGGUCAUAGACACUGAAGGCUUAAAGGCCCCUGAGCUGGCCAAACUGGAAGACAGCUAUCAGCAUGAUAAUGAAUUGGCCACUCUAGUGAUCGGGCUGAGCGACAUCACAAUAGUGAACAUGGCCAUGGAGAAUGCCGCUGAAAUGAAGGACAUCCUGCAAAUCGUGACCCACGCCUUCCUCAGGAUGGAGAAGACUGGGCAAAGGCCCAACUGCCAGUUUGUUCAUCAGAAUGUGAGUGACGUUUCUGCACAUGACCAAAACAUGCGGGAUAGGAAACAUCUUCUGGAACAGCUCAAUGAAAUGACCCAGGCAGCAGCAAAAAUGGAAAAAGUUGAUAAACAUAUCAAGUUUUCGGAUAUCAUGGACUAUGACCCAGAAAUGCACAACUGGUACAUCCCAGGACUAUGGCAUGGAGUCCCUCCUAUGGCUCCAGUCAACAGGGGGUACAGUGAAAAGGUCUUUGAGUUAAAGAAGUCCCUCUUUGAGUUCAUGAGGAACCGCUCAUGUAAAAGUCCUCCCAAGGAUAUCCCUCAGUUUAUUGAAUGGGUGAAGAGUCUGUGGAAUGCUGUGAAACAUGAGAACUUCAUAUUUAGUUUCCGCAACAGUCUCAUAGCAGAAGCCUAUAAUAAUCUGUCCAUGAAAUAUUCGAAGUGGGACUGGGGUUUCCGCCGAGAGAUGCAUAUCUGGGUAUCUGAGCAGGAAACUGUCAUUCAGAAUAUUUCUCCUGAUGAGCUUGAUUUCAUCAAUUUGAAAUGUGAACUUCAAAAGAAACUAUCAACUGGAGAACAGAAGAUUUUGCAGAGUUUGGAGGAGUACUUUGAAAGCGGAGCAGCAAAUCUGCAUCUUGUAGAAAAGUACAGAGAAGAUUUUGUCAUGAGUGCUAAUGGCCUCAUGCGUGAACUCGACAGUUAUUCUUCCAAUAAACUGCGUGAUGCCAUUCACAUUACAAAGGGUCGGCACAAGAUUGACACUCUUCAAGCUGGAUACUUGAGAACAAUUGAAGGAAAGGUGGACAUGCUUCUAGAAGAAUGUAGAGGGGAAAAGCACAGAUUAGAAGAGCGGGAGUUGGAAGGAGAGUUUGAACGAAUGUGGACAAAAACAUUGCAGGAAAUAUCACCCCGUAGGUUAGAAAAACGUGACAUAUAUGCAGAUGUUGAGCUACAUCUGAGAAAGGAUUUGUCCCUUCGGGGGAGGCUAGUCAUCCCCAAAUUACUAGGAAAAAGUGGGUUAUUAAGCUACAGAAUAAGCACUUUCCAAAUGAAAAAUGUGUAUAUAAAUUCAUCAUUCUGUGAACGUGUGAAGCAGCACUUUUUUGCCAUAAAUGAGCAUUUGAAUAAAGCAGAAGAACUUGUGAAAUCCGUGAUGAACAAAUGCAGUUUGUACAUUCAGGAAAAGCUGAGCUCCAAAGCAGAUUACGAUGAAACGUAUUGUGGUGAACUUUUGUGUGCAAUCAAUGAGAAGCUUCAAGAGAGUGAUGUUCAAAAACUUCAUACCACACCUUCUUUGGAAGUGGACCUCAAGCUUCACAUUUUGGGAGAAGCAGCACACGAAUUUCAGAAGAUGCAUGAAAAUUUCAUUAAGGAAAACAAUCCAAGGGGAUGUCUCGAAAAGCUGAAAACUCAAUAUUUUUCUGCUUUCAGAGAUCUGUACCUUGAAAAAGAUGCCCUACAGAACAGAGCUAAGGAUUUCUGUGAUCAGUGUCUCCAACCUGCUCUAGUGGAUUAUAUCAACAAGAGACUCGGGAUAGAAAUAGUAGACGACAUUCUCACCAGUUCUCAUUCGAUUGAAUAUGCCAGUCGGACCUUUUUCCAGUACACUCUGCUGAAUGAAAUGUUGGAAGAGAAGAAUUUUGGAAAGUAUGUGGAAUAUAUCAAUGACUAUGAAGACUUUGUAAAAAGCUGGAUCCUGAAACGAGUGUUAGAUCACUAUUCUAAGAACAAGGAUCUGAAGAACCUGGAGGCACAGAUUCUCUCAGCAAUAUUGAUGAAAAUUAGUGAAGCCCUGAAAAACGUGCAGAAUAAAAACCUUGUGACAAUCUCAGAAUUUCUGGACCAUUUUUGUGGAGAAAUGCAGAAGGAGUUGGUUAUUCCCAAGGCCAGUCUAGUGGGGGUUCACUUUAAACAUGGGUCAGAUACUGGUCAGUUUUCAGAUUAUGUUGAAAAAUCUCUUCCUGAUCUAGAAAGACAAAUACUAUCUAUGUUUGAUGCCUUGAAUAUCACAUCCAAACUCUCCAAAUUGCCGGUGAAGCCCCAAGAUGAGAUCUUCAAGCGAGUGUUUGGCUGUGGGAAGCAGUGUCCCUUCUGCAAAGUCCCCUGUGAAGCUGGAGGGGGAGCGCACGAAGAACACUUUGCAGCAGUUCAUCGACCUCAAGGGCUGGGGAAGUGGAGAAUUAAAACUACGCAAAAGCUCUAUUAUAACAUGUGUUCUACUGAUGUGGCUUCUAAUCAAGAAUUCUAUUGUCCAGAGAAAGAAUGGAAACUCCAUCCAUACAAAGAUUAUCGUGUCUAUUAUCCAGACUGGUGCAUCCAACCAGAUCCCAGUAUCAGUGCUUCUGAUUACUGGAAAUUUGUUUUAACAGAGUUCAAUCAUGAUUUUGCCCAAGAGUACAAUGCUAAGCCAGCUGACCUGCCUGAGGAAUGGAAGAAGAUAACCAAAGAACAGGCUCUGCAAGCAUUGAAGGAAACAUAUAAUAUGAAGUAA